AUGAGUACACGAAGUCUACAUCAUCAGGCACAAGAGUACAGAGUACAGGGUGUAACAUAUAGACCAGAGGUAACCCAGUCUAUUUGGAACUUUCUUGCGCGACAAGUCAACCAGGAAAAUGUUACCCACAUAGCCAAAGAUUUAAAACAGUAUAACGUUUCAAUAACUUUAGCGGAUGAUGAAGGGAAGUUUCUUAUUCGUGGCACCAACGAAGGAAUUAAACAAUGUAAACAGCGUUUAUCAGACCUUGCUGCAUUGAUUGUUGAACGAGAGAAGAAGCUUGAAUAUCCAGGGAUAAAAAAUCUGUUUUUUGAUCAGGUCGGAAAGCAGCAGUUGGAAAUGAUUGAAAACGAAAUGAGAAUCGAUAUUAGGAGUGUUUCCUGCAGUGCAGAAAAGAUCUUAAACGAGCCCGUUUUCCUACCAAGAACAAAUUCCCUUUCAUUGCCAAAUUCCCAGAGCUCGGUCUACAAUAUAUGCAAGUUUACUACUGAAGAGGGAAUGAAAGUCACCUGGAAAUAUGGUAGCAUUGAAAAUGAAACGGCUGAUGUGUUGGUAAACUCCGCACGGUCAAAUCUUAACCAUCCUACCGCAUGUGGCCAAGUUUUAAUGGAUCGUGGUGGACCAUAUUAUAAAGAAGCGUGUAGACCUCACACAAACAUACCACCAGGAGACAUCGUAGUAACUGAAAGUGGCACGCUUUCGUCCAAGUAUGUUGUCCAUGCCGUUUGCCGAAAAUUAGUUUCAUUUCAGGAACCGUUAUCAGCAUUUGAGUUUAUAAAAGGGCUUGUGCGCAAAAUUCUUGAAAAAUGUGAGGAGAUAGGGGCGUCUUCGCUCGCAAUUCCAUUGAUCGGUGCAGGUCAGCUUGGUUUUCCUGAAGAAUCUGUUUUGAAAGUAAUCAAAUCUCAAGCACAAGAACUUAGCGACAGAAGAAGAGAUCAGCUUAAAUUACAAAGUAUUUGCGUGAUUGUGUUCCAGCCAGUCCCGUUACCAACCAAACCGCAAAUCUCCAAUGUAAUCACGUUCAGAGAAGUCGGUAUUACCCUUCUUGGCGGAACAGUAGAACAUUAUCAAGCAGACAGCUUGAUAAACUUCUCCCCAACAGAUAUAAGGGUCUCAACUAAAAGCUCCCGAUGUUCAAACACCCGACAAAGUGAAGAUACAAUGAAACAACCUCCCGGUACCGUGCUCAUCAGAGAAUCGUGCGCUGACAAGCAUGUAAAGUAUUUCAUGCACUGUGUUCCUACUUCGUUUGACAUUCCUGGAUUAGAGAGCGCAAUCAAAGCUGGUUUGAAUGCUGCCCGAAUUUAUGAGCAACGCAACGUGCUAAUAUCGACCUCGGAGAUAACUUCUUUUGGCGUCGCGCCCAAGGAAUGUGCGGACGUGUUUCUAAAGGCGGCCCAGAUAUUUUCCAUUUUAAAUUUUAAAAUGGAUGUUAAAGUGGUUGUAUUUGAAGCGGACUUGAUGGAAAAUUUUCAAGACGCUUUUGAAGAAAAGGUAAAAGAGCAACAAAUGAGAGGCAGUCUUCGGAAAAGUUAUCUGGGGGAGAGUUCAGAGGCAAUAAACCAUCAGCGUCCUAUGACCAUAGGCACAAAAGACGAAGUUAUUAUUCGACUUGUUGGGUUCCGCGAUGGGGUUAACAUGGCCGCUGACAAAAUCGAAACGUAUUUUAGUCGAAGCAAAACGAAAAAAUGUAUCUCAGGUGACAAAAUUGUCAACAGACUUUGGAAUCGUACCUCUGAAAUACUGGAAAUAUCGAAGAAAUAUGAAGUCUUAAUAACUUUCUCAGCUGAGGAACUUUUUAUCGAAGGAAUGACGGAGCAAGUAUUUGAAUGUAAGGAUGCGUUGACAGAUUUUAUAAACCGUGAAGACGAAAAGAAACGAGAGAUAAAAAGAUUGCGUAAAAUUUCUCAAUGCGUGCAAUGGUCGUAUUUUGAUAAAAAUGGUGCUAUUCUGUUUGAUGAAAACCUGAACGGAAUGAUUGAGAGAGAAUUUAGAGUCUUCAACAAUGAAUUUACGCUCCCGAGCUCCAUCGGCACAUACAAAGUUGAUCUGGCUAAUAUGAUCAUAACCGAAAUGCAAACUGGGCUAACUGCAAUACUGGCAAGAAUGGAUUUGGAAAAAAAAAACAACCCACCGGUUUCGCCCAGAAUUCCUAUAAUAUGGGAACCACAAACAAAAACUGUUCAUUUGGUCGAACUCUCCACUUCAUCAAAUGAAUACCAGGAGAUAAUUGAUCUGAUUGGCCCUGAAGAAAUAUCAAUCGAAUGUAUCGAGAGAAUCCAGAAUCCUCGUUUAUAUAAAAUGUAUCUUAGUAAAAAAGAGUCAAUGGGAACGGAAGCAAACGAAAAGCAGUUGUUCCACGGUACAAAGUCAGAAAAUGUUUCUUCAAUCAAUACAAACAAUUUUAAUCGACGUUUUUCCGGUAUAAACGGUACAAGAUAUGGCCAUGGUGUAUAUUUUGCAAGAGAUGCUUCCUACUCUAUCAGCUUUUUACAAAGAAAUAGCGAACACGACGGAGCUUUCCAUAUGUAUGUCGCAAGAGUUUUGGUUGGCAGGAGUAUAAAGGGCUGUAAAAAAUUACGUGUUUUGCCGAAACGAAAUGACCCACAGAACCCUGAGUUAUUUUACGAUUCCGCCGUGGACGACACAGAAAAUCCGUCGAUAUUUGUGACGUUCGAUGACCAUCAAUGUUACCCAGAAUAUUUGAUUUCGUUCAAUAAGGCAUAGUUUCAUUUUAGAAAGUAUUUUUGCACAAUGAAAGUAUAAUCUCCAAGUUAAAAUAAUUGAAACUGUCAAUCUGGCAACAUUUAUAAUCUCAGAAAGGAAAUUGCAGGAAAUGUUUGUUUGGUCGGCAUUAAGAAAUAUAUUACCGAUUACUUUUUUUGAUUCUUAAGAAAUUUAUAAGUAUAUCUGCUGCAUUUCGCAUGCAUUGAUUGAUUGAUUGGAAACUUCAUUUCAAGAGGGUAACAGAUAACAAUUCGUAAAAACUGAUGAACCACUGGCCCUCGAACUAAAAAACAUUAAGUUAAUUAAAGUUUA